AUGGUCCGGCCAGCACCCCCGCCCCUGCCGCUUUCGAUGAAGGAGAGGGUGAAGCGCGCGGUGUUGGGUGUGAAGGGGAGUGGGUUGCAUGAGUGGGAGUAUGGAUUGGGUUUGGGUAAAGGUGCGAAGAAGGUUGAUAAGAGUUUGACUUUGGCUAUGGGUAAAGGCAAGGGUAAAGAGGUGGCCGGGCAGGAGAACCCGGUUGCAAGGUUAAAAUUGCUUUUGAUCGCCUCGUUUUUGACGCUGCAUAUCUUGAAUCUUAUCACGCCGCUUACGCCGUCGAGGCAUAAUUCUGGAUCGGACCUUCAGCAUCAGCAAGUUGUGGUUCGCAAGGUGGAUAUCACUGCUCCUGGAGUGCGUACGGCGCUUAAUGCGCUCGUAGAAGCGUCCGCUGAGGAGCUCGGGUUUGAUCUCAACCUCAACCUCGAACACAAUGUUGAUGUCGAUGUGGACCAUAGUGGCGAUAACGAUAACGCGACACAGACGCGCACGCCGAAGGAUUUGCUGGUGAAAGUGUCCCCGCCUGUGUACGUUCGUAUUGUACUACCCACGUCUAUGGGAGGUGCUGGUAAGGCUACGCGGAGGACAUUCGCGUCUUCUGUCUCCUCGUCCGCUGUACCCUCACUUGAUUCUUCGCUGCACACCACAUACCACGCACACGCUCACCAAUCCCAAUCCACCGGAUCUACUCCCGUCAACGGCUUUGGCGGCGUCCGCAGAACCACCUCCGAAGUCAUCGAGUCGUUCAUGUCCUCCUGGACACGCCUCGUUGGAGACCCGAUUCUGAGUAAAUGGAUAGUGAUCAUUUUGGCGAUUAGUGUGGCCCUGAAUGGGUACCUUUUGAAGGGGAUUGCGGCGGGUGUGGUGGGGACAAGGAUUGGAGCUGGUGUGCUUGGGUUGAAAGGGGAGGUCAGGUUUGAAGGGGUUGGGCUUGCGCGGGGAGAUGAGGAGGAGGAAGAGGAAGAGGAACAUGAGGUUGAGGCAGAGGAAGAAAAGGUUAAACCUGUUCAACACACGCACACUCUGCGCCGCGAAAGCUCGGCGCUCACCUUGGCAGCUAAAUCGGUCGGCACAUUCUCGCUUGAAGAUGUGGACAGGCGCCUGGAACACGAGCGCAAGUAUACUGCGGCUUCCCCGGCUGUGACGAAGGAUGGCAGGAAUAAGAGGCGGAUGACGGUCACUGCUCGUCCUCUCUCUGGUUCUUCUGCGGUAUCGACGUCUGUUAUUGGACAGCCUACACCACCUUACUCGGAGUCUUCUGCAUCUGACACUUCUUCUUCAUUGGGUAACGAGAACGACAAUGACGCUAAUGGUGUCCAGGCGAUCCGCACGCUCGAGGAGUGCAUUGAUGUGUUUGAGAACGGGCCCCGACCGAUCAGCGAGUCGCUUGCGCUGUUGAAUGAUGAGGAAGUUAUUCUGUUGGCGCAGAACGGGAAGAUUGCGGCGUAUGCGCUUGAGAAGGUGCUUGGUAUGAAUGAGCUGGAGAGGGCGGUGAGGAUCAGGAGGGCGUUGAUUUCCCGUGCGUCCUUGACGCAGACACUCGAAUCGUCGGAUAUCCCCCUGGCCAACUAUGACUACUCGCGUGUGCUCGGUGCGUGCUGCGAGAACGUCGUCGGAUACAUCCCUCUCCCUCUCGGUAUCGCGGGCCCGCUCAACGUCGACGGCACACUGUAUCCUAUACCCAUGGCCACAGCCGAAGGCACCCUCGUCGCAUCCACCUCGCGCGGAUGCAAAGCGCUCAACGCCGGUGGAGGUGUAACAACCGUACUGGUGAAAGACGGUAUGACGCGCGGGCCGGCUAUCGAUUUCCCGACUAUCAAAAUGGCGGCGCACGCGAAGCUGUGGAUCGACUCUGAAGACGGGUAUGCGGUGCUCAAAGAGGCGUUUGAGAGCACAUCGAGGUUUGCGAGGUUGAAGAGUUUGAAGACUGCUAUGGCGGGACGUACGCUUUUUGUGAGGUUCGCGACCGGUACCGGUGAUGCGAUGGGUAUGAAUAUGAUUUCCAAGGGGACGGAGAAGGCGCUCGAGGUGAUGCAGAGGUAUUACCCUGAAAUGGUCGUCCUUGCUUUGUCCGGGAAUUACUGCACGGAUAAGAAGCCAGCUGCGAUCAAUUGGAUCGAAGGCAGAGGAAAGAGUGUGGUCGCGGAGGCGGUGGUACCGGGUAAAAUUGUGACGAGCGUGUUGAAGACGACGGUGGAUUCGCUUGUGAAUUUGAACACGAAGAAAAACCUUGUCGGGAGCGCGAUGGCGGGUUCGAUUGGCGGGUUCAAUGCGCACGCUGCAAAUAUCCUCACUGCUAUUUUCCUUGCUACUGGACAGGACCCCGCGCAGAAUGUGGAGAGCUCGAUGUGUAUGACCUUGAUGGAGUCGAUCAACGACGGCAAGGAUCUGCUUAUGACAGUCAGCAUGCCAUGUAUCGAAGUCGGCACCGUAGGCGGCGGCACCGUGUUGGGCCCACAACAAAGCGUGCUCGAGAUGCUCGGCAUGAAAGGCGCUCACCCCUCACAUCCAGGACAAAACGCACAGGCGCUCGCGCGGCUCAUCGCAGCUGCCGUUAUGGCUGGCGAACUGUCCCUUCUCAGCGCGCUCGCGGCGGGUCACCUCAUCCGCGCUCAUAUGGCGCAUAAUAGGUCGCAGACGAAUACACCGGCUGUGUCGAUGCCUUCGACGCCUGCGAUCGAGAGGAGCGGCAGUCCAGUGUUGCGCGCGCAGUUACCUUCGACGCCGGCGCCACCGUAUGGGAAAGAAGAGGAGAAGGAGGAGGCGAAGAGCGUGCAGAUCCAGAUGCCGAUGUCGCCUUCUUCGUCGACAAAGUCGAUACCGCCUUAUUCACAGUAA